CAGCACCAGGUAGUAGAGGCUGCGGCGUCAAACAAACUACGCUCGUCUCCGCAUGAUUUGGGAAGUGUCUCAAACUUAGUGAGUCUUUCACCGGAAAGUAAGGAAACAUGUCAGAGUCGACGAGAGCUCGUUUGGCGUCAAGUUCACGGAGACCGGAGAGGCCACCGGACUCCUCCCGCGACGGUAAAUUAUUCACAUCCAUCCGAUGCUUGGUGCACGUUAAACAUGGCGGAGCUGCUUCGCUAACAGAUCUAAAGAUCCAAGCUCAACCAGGGAGAGAAAACAACCAGCUUCUUCCUGCCAGACCCCAGAGGAUCCCACAUGAGCUCAUGGUCAACCUCACCUCCUCCAUCUGUAACAGGAGCACCAAGAGCCUCAUUGCACAUCACCGCCACUGUAAGAACUUUGAAAUCAGACGGCCAGAUCCAAUCUGGUAUCAUCCACUUGGUCGCAAAAAGUACAGAUAUUUCCUGGAGCAGCCGACAUCGCUGACGGGAGCUGGCAGGGACAUUUCCUUCCUGUGUGAUGCGGUGGACGCACAGAGGACAGCUAGGCCACUCCCAUCACUGAGUGUCAAAAAUCCUUUGGACAUGCAGAACACGUGUGUCUCUGAGCAUGUCAUCCCAGAAGAAUAUCACAUUGUAAAGAAGAAAGGGCUGAGCUGUCUGGAGUUAUAUGACGAUGCAUUCACAGUUCAGCUGAAGGAUCAAGAGCGGAGGUUACGAGUUCUUCCAUCCUUGAGGCCCAGUGGCCGACUGGAAGCGGUCCAGCUCAUGACGGUGAUGGAUGACAUGCUGGAGAAGGCCGGUGUGCAUCAGCAGAACGAAGAGCUGACCCAGCCAUGCCAACUUGAGGGUCUGCUUGAGCUGGUGAAGGUUGAGCAGAACAUCUAUAAUGUUGUUUUCCAUGAGCUGAUCAGACAGGUGACUGUGGAGUGUGCUGAGAGAGGACAGGUGCUCGCCAAACUUAGACAGCGGUACCAGUCUCUGCUGGAUAGAAUCCCAUGUCGUCUGAAGGCGUUACACACUGAGACAGUGGCUCAGCGGGCUCUGAACCGCCGCCUCAUGGAGGAAGUCUGCCGAAUCCAGGCGUCAAUGCAGCAUUUACACAUGGAACUAUCCAAAACCAGAGACCACAAUUCACAUGUUUCCCAGCAGGUGGAGCACGCUCACCACAAACUGUCUGAAGACAUCAUGCAGACUCACUACUCAGAGUUUGUCCAGGGUUACCAUGAGCUGUAUGAAAGGGAACGAGCUCGCCUAGAGGCUCAGCUGCUCCGCAUGGCUGAGGAGCGCGACUGCUGGAAGCACUUCACCUUACGCAUCGCCCUAAAGGUGAUCAGUGUGAAGAAGCUGCAUCUGGUCCGUCAGCUGCAUGUCAGUGAGAAUUACUGGUUCAAGUCUGCAGAACACUGCCUACUUUACUUCUCCUCAAAGGAUACGGACGAUCUUAAUGUCAUCAUCGAGUUAACCAGCUACUGGAAGGAGCAGCUGAUGGCUCUCGUCUCUGAGCUGGAGGAGACUCAGCAUGCUCAGUGUACUCAGAUUACUGACAUACAGCAGGGCAUCUCCAAGUGGUUGUCCUUCAUCAGCACGCAGAAUCAGUGUCCUGAUCCAAAAUACGAAAAAACAUCAGUGAAAGAGAUUCAUGCUGAUCUGAAACAGUGGUCAGAGACAUUGCUCCAGUGGGAGGAACAUCGGGGUGAGAAACACCUUUUGUGUCAGCAGAAACUGAGCGAACUCAGCCAAGUCCUGGAGAAAUGGUUAUGCAAGAGCCACACGCUCUAUGAAAGACACCCUUCUCCCCACUCUGGGGCCCUCCAGGGCCAAAAGGCCCUAAAUGACCUGGACAGGGUUGUAACCAAGCUCCUCAAACUGCUCCAGGUUCAAGUCAGUGACAAGAGUGGGAUCUUCAGACUGAUUAAGUCCCUGGUGGAGUUGUUGGACCUCUGGGUAAUGAAAACCUCAGAUGUGACUGGACAGCUUGAAAUGAUGCCCCUCUCUGAUUGGCUUAAGCUGGAGGAAGCGCUGUUUAAAGGCCAGAGUUUAGCUGAAGAAGCUUUGUUGAUUUUUCCCUCCGGGCAGAGAGAGAGCAGAAAAGACGAGAACAAGCUUGACUUACAAAAACACACAAACAAAGUGUUAGAAGACAUUCAGGAGACCACCAGUAGUCUGUCCAUCUUCACUGAGCACCAGAACCAGAAACUGAGGGAGGAUGUCAAUUCUGUUCACAUGGCUCUGGUUCAGUGGAUGCUGGAUCUGGUGCUUGUCAUGGUUCCUGAUCAAGGUGAGGAGCAGAACCAUGAACUGGAGCCUGACGGCGUCUCUCUAAGGACUUUGAAUGAGGUCGCCAACAUGCUGUCUGAGAAACUGGUCAGCCUUUCCAGCCAAAUAACCAGAUCAUGCAACUUGGUUCUGGAGGAGCAGAUGCUCCUGCAGCACGAUGCAUCUGUGUUUGAAAAUGAGAUGAACGCAUGCAAAAAGCUGCAGAUGGAGUCUUUUAACUGGGUGGAAACUUGUAAAAUAUUAGUGACAGAAGUUAGCGGUGAUGCUCUGGAGCGACACCAAAAACAGCCUGCACCUUUGGGACCUCCCAUCACUGCUGACCCAGGAGUUACCGUAGAGACUCAGGACAAUAAAGAGUCUUCAGUGAAGAUUAUACCAAAUGACGUUGAAGAUGUGCGAGAAGAGAUGGAUUCAGACCCCGUGGAGCUGGAGCAUAAAGAUAGUGAGAGGCCUGUGCUGAAGAUGAUCGACUUUGAUGGAAACAUCACUGACAAAGAUCUGGAGGAGAGCCGAGUCCACCUCCCUGGGACUGAUGAGCUGGUUGUGUCUCCAGUGACAGAAGAAUCGCAGAGAGCAUUUAACGAGUUAACCGUCAUGGUGAUCCUGCAACAACAACUGAUGGAUGCAGAGGUGAGAGCAGCAAAUGCUGAGCAGCGAGCACAGAGAGCUGAAGAAGCCCUGCAGGCAUCGCUAGAGAAGCAGCAACUCCUGGAGUCGCAACUGCAAAUGCCCCCGGAGCCUCAAAGCAUCUUUGUUUCAGACACGAAUGAAACAACUCCUCCUACAACACCAGCUCCUCCUAAAACAACACCCCCUGAAGCCAAACCAUCCACCAAGAAGAGCAAGAAAAAAUGAUCUGGUGUGUCAUAACUUGUAUUAAAACUAGAUUCAUGUUGUAUUUAGUCAGAGGAAAACGUUAUCUCCCAUUACGAACCAGUCGCUCCUCAUUAACACAAAUAAAGAUAUCACUCAUUUGAAAUGGCAUGUACGUGUUACAGAGCGUGGACAGGCUUUGCUGUCGUUUUUCUCCAACCUCCUGAUGCUUUUUCAGCAAAACGAUCUCUUCUUUCUGCUAAAUAAAUGAAGUUUUACACAGAUAUGUGAUCAGACCUCCCCUGUUUUUGUGCUUUAGAACACAAAUGAGAAAAUAUUUGACACAAUUAGACAUUUAAGUGAUCAGUUUGAAUAGAUUUGUGCAAGAUUCAUAUAAACUAAAGGAGCUCCAUGACUGAGAGUCCCAUCAGUGAUUCAUCUGAGAUUUUUUUAAGGAUGGUAAUAAUGAACAUUUCAGGAUAUCACAUCAUAGGUGAGUCUGUUCCUGGGUCAGCAGCUGUCACCUGUCCAUCUUCUUCCACAGUGGGGGGAGGAGGUGGAGGGAGGGAGGAGAGGUCAGAGUUCAUGUUGAGUAGAUCUGGAGGGAGAGGAAAGACCAAGGCAGGGUGGAGAUGACGAAGAGAGGCCCGAAACCCAUCCCAGCCACACGUCUCACUUUCAGAUGUUUUCACCUGCAAAGAGGAGGAGACUGCAGUAGUUAUUGCCCUUACUUUUAAAAGUGGAUGUUUCAGCUGAUCACAGCUAAGCUUCUGCAGCCAGACUCUGCUGCAGCUCAGCGGGGAAACUGAGCUCAUCUCUGACAGGAAAUCAGACACAAAUACCACCAAAACACAACGUUUCAACAUUUUCCUGUACUGUUUCAAUCUCGGAGUUUCUGCUUUGAUCAGCUCAUGUCUACAAAAUAAGAGAAGUGGGACGAGGUUUGAUCUUCAGGCUUACAUGUCGGCUCUCUCUACCCUGAUGCCCCAGCGACCGCUGACAGCAUCCACGGCUGUUCGGAUCUGCUCCCCAGUCUUGCGCCGGUGCAGCAGGAUGUAGCUAAACGUGUGCUGGGCGAGAACAUCUCUGAUGGCUGCCUGGACCAGACUCUGCAGCACUGAGGUCAGACUGGACAAUGCCAUGCUGCACAGAGCUACGUUUUCUAUCUGGUAGUAACACACUGCACUUAGCUCAGGCCUGGACAGGUCCUUCGUCACCACCUGCAGGGAUAAAAACAAAAACGGCCUUGUUCUUCUCACUCAUCACUCUGAAGUAUGUUUUUAUCAGACUGCUGAGCAUUUUGAACCAUGUGAGGAGGAAUCUUCAACAUUCUGAGUCGGACGUCGACUUUGUGACACACGUCAAGAAGAGGGAGGUAGAAGAUGAGGCCUAGGGAGAGAAGGACACGUCAGUCGCUUAGUAAAUAUGCAAACCUUUCCCCAGAGACGAUUAGGUGUUAAUAAGGCAGAACUCUGCCUCAUCUGAUUGCUGUUGUUGAUCAAACAAGAAAAAUGCAUCCUGAGUGUAAACAGUUUUAUUUUAUGUUUUAUAUCGUUUAUCAAUAAUAACCUUUUGGUUUGCCAAGAAAACCAAAACAUAUGCAGUGGAUAAAAAAUGCAAAGCAAAAUGAAAACAACCCAUCAGUAACUCUAGCUUCUUACUGUUAAAAUACAGAAUGUGCAUCAAUACCAGCAAUGACAAUAAGAAUGAUGAGUGUUGACCUGGGCCCUUGGGUUUUCCUUGCAGAAGAUGACCAAGUCUGAAGAUCACAGCUCUCUCAUGCUCCCUGACUACCUGGAGAUUCAAACAGCAUUACUGGAGCUUCCAGUGGAGAUGCAAAAACAUUUCAAUCACCUUGUAACAUUUUUGACAUAUUUAUCUAAUAAAUGACGUUUGAGACAAAACAGGAACAAUUAUGGAGCAAUAAAUAAGGCCGUCUGUUACACAGCACAGUAUUCACUUACUUAUGCAACUUUGUUGUUUGGUUGCAUGAAAGGUCAUUUUAAGUUUUCAUUUAAAGAUAAAAGUAAAACAUUUGAAUUUUAAUGACUUUUUGAGAUUAUUUGAACAGUUUUUGCUGCUUUGACGCUAUAGAACAUUUUAUUUUCUGGUGAAAAAUACCCAGAACUACUGGUUUUGUUGUGUUAACACACUAAUAAAAAAAUAAACAAGGUACCAGCUCAGUGGCCUAGUGGUAGAGUGUCAGCCCUGAGACUGGGAGAUCAGGGUUCGAUUCCUGGUCGGGUCAUACCAAAGACUUUGAAAAAAUGGGACCCAAUGCCUCCCUGCUUGGCACUCAGCAUUAAGGGGUUGGAUUGGGGGGUUAAACCACCAAAUGGUUCCCGAGCGCGGCUGUGUCUGCAGCUCACCGCUCCCCCAGGGGAUGGGUCAAAUGCGGAGAACAAAUUUCGCGCACACACCAGUGUGUG